ACUACAGUCGUACAAAAUGGCUGAGCAGCAGCGUGUGGACGAUCCGGUUGGCGACCGCUUCAUCGCGUGGCUGCGAGCGAACGGCGCGACCGUGUCUCCCAAACUGACCCUGCAGGCAACUGCAGCAUUCAACGCAGACUCGCGCACUCAGGUGCUGCACCGUCGCGUCAUCGCGUCUGCCGAGGCCGGCUUCGAUAAGGAGGAGGAGCUCUUCUCCAUCCCGCGCAAACUGCUGCUGAGCGCGUCGACGUCGUCCAUCGCAGAGCUCCUGCUGGAAAACAAAAAGGAGGCCUGUGCGCUUGUUGGAUGGAUGCCGCUCGUCGUUGCAAUGAUGUACGAGAUCACCAACAAGGACUCCUUCUGGCGGCCAUACCUCGACCUGCUGCCCGAGACGCUGGACACACCGAUGUUUUGGAAUGACGACGAUCUCGAGCUCCUGGAAGGCACCUCCACUCUUUCGCACCUUGGCAAAGAAGACGCCGAGACGAUUUUCACGGAGCAAAUUGUCCCUUUCAUGAAGCUGCACCCAACGCACUUUGACCUGAAGGUGCAUAACAUGGCAUUGUACCAUCGCGUGGCUUCUGUUAUCAUGGCGUACAGCUUCUCCGAAGACGACGACGAAGAUGAUGAUGACGAAGAUGAUGAUGAAGAGGAGGACUGCUGCGACGGAGACGCCAACAAUGAAUGCUGCAGCCAGAAACGCCAGAAACGCAUGGAGAAGAUUGCCAUGGUGCCAUUGGCUGACAUGCUGGAUCACAAGACUGGCUGCAACAAUGCUCGCUUGUUUUAUGGAAAGACCACACUUGCCAUGUCAUGCAUUGAGCCAUGUGCUGCUGGUCACGAACUGUACAAUACGUACGGCGACUUGUCUAACUCUGAGUUGCUCCGCAAGUAUGGCUUCAUUGACGACGUCAACGAGCACAACUCGGUCGAUAUUCCCGUCGAGAUGCUGGAGGAGCGCUUCGAGUCCUGCAGCUUUAUGGAAGAAGCCAUGGAGGCCCUCGAAGAGAUUGGUUGCUGGUUGCCUGAAUUCCACAUUCCAGCAGAUGCGCUGCCGCCUCAAGAGCUUGAAGCUUCCAUCGCCCUGCUGUUCCAAAGUCCCAAACAAGUUCGCGCACUCCGUGCCCUGGACGACGAAGAUGAAAUCCGCAGCUUCCUCGCCACGCUUGUCAACAAGUGUCGCCGGAAGGUCUCUGAGACUCUCUUGGCGUUUGGGCAAAAGCGCGCAGAAGAGUACACCACCACGCGCGAGGAGGACGAGGAGCGUCUCAAAGAAUCGGAUCUGACCCAUCGCCAGAAAAUGGCCCUUCGUGUUCGCAUUGGCGAACGCACCAUCUUGCACAACUACAUCUCGCAUCUGAAGGAGCGACUCGAAACCACUCCGCCAGACCAAGAGACCAAAGAGCCGGCACCCGCGCAUAAGAACAAAAAGGCACGCAAGCACUAACCAAAAAAAAAAAAACAAGGUUGGUUGGAUUGAUUCCAUUCGCUUUUCUUUUCUAGACGAUGCUGUGAUUUUGCCCAAUCAAAAAUGAUUGCACCUCUCUUUUGGCACUGCAAUACUUUGUGUUUCGUUUUUUGUGAUCAAAAGCUUCUUCGA